CUCAUUUUUUGAUAGCCAAUCAAAAAUACUGUUGCAGAGAGUCACUGAAUGAUCAGUCUGUUGGUAAAGCAGCCAUUGUCGUGAGGAUGUGACAUGUUUUCAGAAUGCUACUCUUGUCUUUGUACUUUCUCCACGGUUCAUAAUGCUAAUUAUGUACUUAGAAAUAUCCUAGGCCUCUCGUCCCUACCCCUUCCUAGCUUCAUAACCUACUAGUUUUUGCGCACCAUUAUCGGCCCUCACCCAUCUACACACCUUAUACUUGAUUCUGUGACAUAUGAUUCCUAUCCAACUCACUUGUUUAAUAAAAAGAGUUCGUUCUUUCAGUCACUUAAUCUGCCAUCAUACUUCGCUUGUUCCUCUCAUUCAUCAGACUAAUCCAAGUGCGUUAUCUCACAAAAAAUGAAUCGUGGUUCUGCUCCUGGUAGUGCUCGGGGUAAAGCCAAGGCGGCUAGCCCCAAAAAGAAGGUUACAACCACAGGAGGUGGUGCUUCACCUACCAAACGCGGAGCUAGUACUGGUGGAGGUCAACAAACAAGCUCUCUAGACCAAAACACGACUGCAUUGACUGGCUCUAUAAACGUGGAUCUUCAAGAGCAAAGCCAUCUUCAAGCUGAACAAGGUGAUCUACUAGAUCUGUCUAUCGCCUCAGUUAGUGAAGAGCAACGAGCAGAAGCCGUGAGGAGUUUCACAGAGGCACUCAUCCGCAAAUAUGGAUCUGCAAACGAAAUUUUCACAAGAAGAUUCAUCGAGAAAGUGUGGGAAGACAUAACGCCGGGAGCAGCAGAAAUUUCAGUCAAAGGAAGAUUGUUGCCUUGGUACUCUAGACAUGAUGAUCAACAUCAAGUUGAUACAGAAGUUGCUCUUGCUUUCUAAGCGAGGCAAAGUAGACCUAAACCAAAGAAGCUUUCUGGCUGAUUACAGCUCAUUUAAUGAUCGUGAUUGCAGCCUUUCCUGUGGCCAGUGACGUAAGUAUGGUCAGCGUGAGUAUUGGUACUGUUUGGAUGUACUGAAAUCUAACGUUUGUACUUGGUUUAAUACAAAAAAUUAUUUUACCAUCAUACAUUAUUUAUCAGGCUCACCGACCGCCUCGGUCUUUCCAAUGAAGAGAGCCGUGCUCUCGUGACUGUUCUCGAUGCACCGAGGAGAGGCGUAGUACCGAAGACCGGUUUCGUGACUGCGGUGUCCACAAAAAUUGCAGGUGGCAAUGGCUCCCGCGCUGUGACCCCUUCCGCCUCCCCGAGUCGUCGCACCAGUCGUGCGGGGGAUGUCGGAGGUGUCGGUGACGUGACGCAAUCCUCCUCGAAAGCAAGCACUUCUGUAGCGGGGACAAAUGCUAGUAAGGGAACGACAUCGAAUGUCUUGGCAGCUCCUGGAGGGGGUAGUACGGGUGGCAGUGCACUUGCUUUCUCAAAUAGCGGUGGUGGAUCAUUAGCAGGAAAGAACCCGUCAGCACAGCAGUUCGGACUCACAGUGAACGGCGCAGUGCCUCCUGCAGCAAACCUUGGCGCCACUAAUCUUCUCCUAGGUUCUUCAGGCGAAUUGCUGCAAUCAAACAGUCGCGACCAACUAUUAAAUGCAGGUGGAGAUGCAACAGCGGCUCUUGGAUAUCCAACCUUACUAGCCAGUGGAGGGAGCGCUGGAAGCAAAGAGUUAGUACCGAAGCUGCGCGGACUAGGUGGACAGCUUGGAGAUUCCGUUAUACAAGAGGAACUUGAAAAAAUGACGUCUGCAGGGAAGAUUUUUGAGAGCUCGCAAAUGAAAAUCCUAGAAGAGUUGCAGAACAUUCGGUUGGAGACUGAAAGAAAUAGGCAGAAGAACACGGAUAUCAGUACUCUAAUUCGUUUUCAUCUUUCUUGCUUGGAACAAUUUGAAUUUUGUAAUGUCCUGUUGUUUCGCUUUAUUCGAUUCUCCGUGUUGUACUGUAAGUAGAUCAAUUUGUUGUACUUAGGUGUUCAACAAGGCCGCUUUUAUGUUGCUGAAGAGUCGUGAAUUCAAUUUUCCAUUUCCCCCGAUGCCCCACAACCAGGUUCGAAACUUCGCGACGUGUUGUAUGCUUUGGAUGGUACCACUUCUAGCACUGACGGGAAAGGAAAGCAACCGAGUAGUAGUCGUGGUGGCGUGACAGAUCGGUCUAGCGCUACUGCAAAGCCGGGAGCUGCCCUUACAACUAGCGCCAUCGGCACUACUGUUAACAAAAGCUACCAGUCCACACCACGCUUGCCAAAUACUGAGCAGACAAGCUCUUCCACAGUGCUAAAGCCAGAACUGAAUGGGACAAUGACAAGCUUGAAGACGGAUGCGUCUAGUGGAGGUGGUAACAAGAGUGAUGCUGGGAGCAAGAGCGGAACUUCUGACGCAGCUGUGAAAGAGAGUAAUGAAUUUCAUUUCUUAUGCCUUAGAUUUCCGAAAAAUGUUUCCUCUAAAAUAAGUCUUGAUCUUCCCUCCAGCAUGGUUACAGUUACACAAGGAGUUUCAUCUAGCCAGCAUAGUCGAAGGUGUGACCUGAUCAAUAAGUCUAUAUUCAAAUUCAUCCACAAACACAGACCACAAGAAGGGGAUAUGAAAAUCACUCUACAUCAGGUGCAGCAAAAGCAGAGGCAGCAUCGGCGGCUGCCGCCAAAGAGAAUGAAGAAGUCGUGAAACAGCUCGAAGCUAUGCGCAAUGAUCUAGCUAGCUUGAAGCAGGAACUUGCAUCGGAAAUCAAUCGAAGAGAAGAGGCUGAGAUUGAGGUACUUACAUCACAACGAACUGGGGGUUGAAGGAUUGAGCACCUUCUUGUAUACCUCGUCGACUUUCUUUUGGGGCAAUUAUAUUAGGAGGUACCUACUCGUGUUAGGAGGUGUGAUUAUUCCCAGCUAAUAUUCAAUGAGGUUACUUAAAUAUAAUUUCGAUCUGGCUUCCAUUUCUACCACCUCUUCCAUAGUGUCAGUCUCUUUCCUGCUCAUCUCCUCUAGGCUGCCCACGGUUCAGAACGGUUACGCGCCGCAGAGGAGCGUAAGGACCGAGCAGAGGUCGAGCGUGAGCAAGAGCAGGCCAGGGCAAGGGAGAUGCAGAGGUGUCUCGAACUUUUACAAGAAGACAUGGUACGCCGAACACGUGCUACAGAGGUGAAAUAUCUAGAACAAGAACGCCGCAUGCAGGCUCAGCGAGACAUGUACGCCAAGAUGCACAGACUGCAACACAUUCUCCCGAGCAGCAUCAUAAAGAAGAGCUGCGAGGAAGAUAUAACCGGAGCAGGGUAUCAAGGGUAUGGCAUGUGACACAGGUGUGCUCGAUGUCUAGCAUGCUAUAAUGAAUCUCAACAAUCUCCUCAAGCUUAUAAUCUUUAUCCACUACUAUUUCCUAAGCGUAAAUAUUUUCCACGACCUGAUCACUUGAUAUUUGAAAGUUUUGUUACACCACAUUGUCAUGGUGCAGUGCUUGCAUCGAAAUCACUCGUGUUUUAAAGGUAGGUCAAAUACAACGCUGAAUUCAAAGACUCAUACAACAAUGAACACGCACGUGCAUCUAUUUUUGAUGCAAGUACCUAAAGCAGGAAAAAAAGCUAAUUACAACAAACAAUCGGGUGGUUUAUUUGCUUUUUCAAGUCAAAAAACAUAUCAACAAGGGCAUCGGUCAGGUCUUGCUAUCUAGGAACUAUUGUUCAUAUCGCGGACACACACACACACGGCAUAGUGAUAUCUACUGCACCCGCGCACCGUUGUAUACUACUUUGGAACAACGAACACGGAGGACCACAUGAUGCAUAAAAGUGCUCCUGUUCUUGAACAGCGAGCGUCAAUGUGCCUGUACUAUUCUUGUACUCAUCUUGUAUAAUAUCACGCAUAAGGAGUUUAUUCAUUAC